ACGAACAGCACAGCGUUUUCUCUUUCUGGCGGAGUCGAACCUGAUGUUCGCUGGUAAAGAGGAUUUCUUGUUUCGUCGGUAGCCUCCGACAUUCUCGAGAAAAUCAGGGGGACCGCCACGCAUCUGAUUCCUCGAUACACUCUUCUUUCUCUCUUUUCGCUGUCUCUUCGUCGCGACACACUCGACUCAUGUGCUGCGUUGCAUGCUGUCCCGCGAAUCUUCUGUUGUGCGGUCUUCACGACGGUUUAGCGGUCAGAGUGGUAGCUUUUCGAGCCUUCGCUGUGGCUCUCCUCUGCAUUUUCGGGGAACGUCUCCGCCUUCUUCUCUGGCGCCGUCAGUGCAUGCGUUGUCGGUCGUCUGGGCUCCGCGAAGAAAAUCGGAGAACUUGGUCCUCUGUCGAAGAGAGACCCGAGACAGGGGCAGGGGAAGGACGCGAGAGAGGGAACGAGAAGGCACCGUGUUCCACUGAAAGAAUUCAGUUCUGACCGUGGCCGCGUUCUUCACUCUUCUUGCUGGUUUCGAUAUCAUCACGAAAAUGACGACCGAGAAGGAAAGUCCUAACUGAUAGGCACAUCGCUUGUUCCCAUCUGUUCGGUCCCUUGAAUUCCGCUGCAAUCCUGCGCGGGAACGCUUUGAGUUCUCAGUGGCUUUUGCGUCUUUUUCCUUGACGAAAAUUGUGUUCCAGUGGCGAAGGAAGAUCACCAGGGACCUGCAGUUGCUAGACUCUCUUCCCCUUCUUCAGAAGAAAGACAUUCUCCUGCAGUGGCGUCUCCGGAUACAGCCACUGUCUGCGCGUGGAGAGGUGCUCUCUCUGUUCACGAGGAGGGCGGGAGACCCGUUGCUUCUCGGCAUCCCUUCGAUGCUUACAGGUUCCACUCGUUCAACUGCUGCACAGCAGUUUUCGUCUCUCAGCUGAACGCAGUUCGGAGAAAGGUAUAGAGCGCUCUGCGUUCUUCGACAAGCGCCUUCGCCGCCGUUCUCCUCGGAGGCCAUGGAGGCAUCCGCGGCACCGUGUCGCCUCGCCCUCGGCAGACGAGGGUACGGGGCUUCUGUUCCCCAUGCGCCUGUGUCUUUCUGUGACUGCUCGCAACUCGUCCUGCAAGAAGGCGGAACAUUCCUCCAGAGAAGCCAAGAGAUCAGAUGGCGAAAGGUGAAUUGCUGCUCCUCCUCUGGCCGGCCGAGCCUGGAGACCAAAUGGUUUCCUCGAUCCAGUCUCACAAGCUGUCAAGAGUUGCGCCACGACAGUUCUCUGCCUCGCUGUUUGUUCCCUUCUGCGGUCUCCUUCACUUCUCGCCACUCAUGUUCACAGACUGACCAGAGACGAUUUGCAGUUGCGACGCUCCCUCCAGGCUGUCCAGAAGAAACGCAGCACUUCAGCUUAACGGCGUUUCGCUCUCGUGUCGCUCUGCGUGGUCGAGGCAUUCGCGAGACAGACGUUUUUCUGAGUCCGAGAUUUUCUUCGUCCACGCUUCCUCGGCAGAGGACUUCUUCUUCGCUUGCACCGUUUUCAUCGUCCGCCUGCUCGUCUUCUUCUUCUCCACAUUGCUUUUCUGCAAGUGCAUCUCUGCCUCUUUCUGCAGCUUCUGCUUCUUCUCCAUCGUCGGCUCUAUCUGCUUCUCUGUCUGCUUCACUAUCUUCUUCUCGGGCAUCUCCUCCAUCUUCUCCAUCAUCGCGUCCACCUUCUUCGUCUUCUUCCCUGUCUUUCUCGACGUCUUCUUCUUGGUACGGUUCUUCUUCUGUCUUGCGACGCAGUGGGUUUCUCCCGUUUUCUCCUUGGGCGGAUCUCCCCUUGAGGCCCCCACAGCUGUCUGUCUCUUCGUGCGGCCUUUCCCGGGUCUCCGGUGUCUCCUUUUUUCGGGCCUUCGCCACGGGGCGAAGACGCCGUAGGGCGAAGCGGCGGGAGGAGCGUCCGCGAGAGUCUCGCCCGAGCAAGCGAAAGCAGGUGGAGAUCGAGAGAAAAGUGAAGAAUCCUUUCGAGUUUGAGAAGAAACGCGAUGGCGUCGAGCUCGUCAAAAAAGGAGAAAUAUACUUUCCAGAAAAUGCAGACGCCCACAAACUCACGGUCCUCAUCUGCGCGCUCAACAAAUUCGGCUACGCCACAGAUCGAGAGCUCCUCGCAAGAUACGCGGAGCGGGCCUUGGCGUUGACGCCUUCUCUGUAUCCGAAGCAUGCGUCUCUGAUUUUGAAUGUGUUGGCGCGGCACCGUUUCUCGGAUGCGGCUCUUCUGGAGGCGUUGGGGGACACCCUGUCGACUCGGCUGCGAAACGCGAAUGCGCAGGACUUGGCUCUGAUUGCAAGUGCUUAUGGGAACUUGGGUUUUUUCCACCGGCGUUUGCUGAAGCGUUUGAGUGAAGAGAUUCCGCACAAACUUCCACACUUCGAGCCGCAGCAUGUUGUGGCUGUCGCUCACGCCUUCGCGAAGCUCGAGGUCCAGGACGAGUUGUUCUUCGACGACGUGGCGGAGCAGACCCUUCGAUUUCUAGAGGACUUUCCGCCCAGACCGACGGCGCUGAUGGCCAACAUUCUCGGUGCCCGCGUCCGGUACAGAAACCUGGGGUUCUGGCAGGAACUUCUGCAGCAUGUGUGGCACAUACGGGAGAAGCUCACGGCGCCCGAGGUGAUCAUGGUCGUCCACGGGGCCUCGGCGGUCGACGCAGAGGUCGACGAGGCGCUUCUCAGACUGAUGACGCGAAGCGCAUGCGAAGCUUUUGGUUCGUUGAGUCUUGCGGAAAAGGCGCAAGCCAUCAACGCUUGCUCGCGACUCAGAUUCUACGAUCCGAGACUCUUCGACUGUCUCACCAACUGGAUCUGGGUGAGCUCUGAAGCGCUCGAAUCCCUCGAGAUCCCGUUCAUCACCCAGGUGCUGCAUGCGUGCGGCAGACUCCGCCACAACGACCGAAAGCUGGUGCAGCCGCUGUGCCGGCGUCUCCACCACUUGGCGCUGACUGCAAAUUCUGACUCUCACCGUGAAGCCGAGCGAGGCAACGCGCACCGAGAAACUCAAAAGCAGAGCCUGAGUCCCCAGGUGAUCGCGGUCUUGCUGAGGGCCCUCAGCCGACUCGGUGCGGGGUGCACUGUGCUCGCUGAAGGAGGCGGGAGCGAGACUGCCAAGGUACUCCGUCUCUCGCCCUUCUCUCCAAUUCGCACAUGCACCGUGUCUCCCGCCAAUGUCGUGUCAGCUGUCGAUCCAAGCAGCAUGUUUGGGGGGCAGAAAAGCACCGCUGAGGUAGAGCCGAUGUCUCACGAAGACGCGCGACUUCGCAACGAGCUCGUCGCCUUUCUUACCCACGAGGUGUCCCGACAGCUCCCCGCGUUCACGCCUCAGGGUCUGUGCGAGUCUCUGGAUGCUCUCUCUGCACUAGGUGUCGACAACGCAGUGCUCUUCUACCGAAUCAGUCAGGAACUGGGUGGCAAGCGUCUCUGGCCGCUGCUCUCGGCGCCCAGCUGGCUGUCGAUCCUCCGCGCCUUCUAUCGGCGAGGCCCGAAGGGCGAAGUGCCUCUCGUGCGCCGGUGUCUGACUCGCCUCAGAGAAAGCAUCGCAACGAUGAGUGCAGACGAGUGUCGCGCCACGAGGCAGGUGCUCGAAAAAAUGUGUCUCGACCUCGCUGCCUCCGAGACUCUUCUUCCGACUGCAACGCCGGGAGCGUCUGCGGGGGGUAGCCGCGAGGCGCGACCAGCAGAGCGAGUCCCGGUCUCACCACACCACAUGCAGACCGCGGUGGGUGACGAACCUGGAAAAGAAGUGGAGGAUUCUUCCGCUUCAACGUCGGCCAGUGAGGGAAGGGCCGAAGGGGACGACGCAUCGCGUAGCAAUGCGAAUGGCGUCGGUGGAGCUCGUGAACCAUCGCAGGAUACAUCUGGGAGUCGCGGGGGCACCCGUGGAGGGACUGAAGCGAGGGCACAGCACGUCCAGAGGCUCCUGUUGGAAGGAAGGCGCGACCACCGCCUGAGGCAACUCCGGUCUUUAGCUGCUGCUGUCGACAGCCGGCUGCAGGUCGUGAAUCCCUUUUCUUCGUCUCCAGAGGGCAAGAGGUCCUCCGCGAAUUCGCUGUCUCCGCUUUCGCCUAGGAGCGACGCAGAGUUGAGAGGUCGAGGACACCCGUCCAAGAGGAUGCAUGCGGCGGCGCAUGCAGAUCGGUCGUGGGGGUCUGCCGGCCCGGCCAUGGCGGCGGCAAAGGCUGUCGAGGCCGAAGAGGCCGCAGCAAUGUCUCUCUUCAGCAGGCCGAGUGGCGAAGUGUUUUUGAGAGACUCAGGAGACGAGGGAUACAACGCUGUUGAACGCGGCGCAGGAAACAAGUGCGUCGUCGACUCUCGCGGGCAAGAUGAAGCGCAAGAGAGCAAGAGAGAACGAGGGAGGCUGGCGAUCGGCAGGCGUCGACGGCCGGCAAAGACUGAACAGAGUCUCUCCGAUUUUGAUGACGACAGUCGGGAGCAGGGUUGGCCAUCGGUGAUGGGUGACCAGCACACUUGCACGCAGCAGAGUCCACAGAAUUUGCAAGAGCUUCAUCCUAGAGAAAUGUUUCGUUUCACUGGUCGUUCAGGUCCUCUCGAUGGGGGAGAUGCACGGGCAGACUCAGGCGAAAGGUCAUCGACCCGCAUCACUGCUCGCUCACGCCCUGGAGACUCUCUCGAUGACAUUGUUUCUCGCUUACAAGAAAACGAAAGAGUGUGUGCGGGUAUAGAGGCGUCGCCUUUCGCUCGGCAGAGCGAGAGGACGCCGCUUAUGGAAUGCCGCGAGGAUGGACUGCGUGCGCGGCCCAGCCGGGGAAGCGAGGGAGAGAAGGCUGGUAAGAAGGAACCAGCGCGACUGACUCUCAAGGAACUUUUGCGUGGCGCUCACUGCGAGGCAGGCGAUUUGAAGGCAGACUGGAACGCGCUGAACGACGUGGAUGGUUUGGUGGAGUUACAGAAACGCGAGAAAGAAAACCAAGUCGGCGAGGGUGCUUGGGGGGGACGGACCGCUCGGAGGGAAGACGCCUCGGGAUGCGCGGGCCCUGCCGCAGCAAUGGUCGAAGCAGACUGUGUGCCACGGACAAACGGAAGGAGAAAACGCCGACGAGGCGCGACGUCUAGUGAACCGAAGAGAGAGGCACUAGGCGCGCUGCGUCCCGGACAGGCCCAGAAUGUGGCUGAGCUUCAAGAGCAGUGGGAGAAGCUCUAUCUGAAGCCGGAGAGGAGGCUCGGGCCGCUGGCGGCGACUGACAGGAUGCCAAUACUCCCCUUUUCACUUUCUAAUGAACACAGACGGGUAAACGACAGGGACGACGUGUGGGCAGAUGGCUCUGCGGAAACCCCUGAAGCCUUCUGUUCAUCAGGAUCCAGCCCGGACCGUCGCGGGCCUGACGCACCGCGUCUCGGCAACACUGGGUGUGCGACGUUUCUCGAAGACGCCGCCUACUCUAAGAACUUAGAGAAGCGAGGACAGUGGAAUGUGGACGGAACGGGGUUGAUUAUUCGGAACAACCAAAUACAGGGGAAAGCUGCAAGGGAAGGCGGCUUCGAGGUCGGGUAUGAAGAUCUCAGUGACCUCCUCGAGGGAGGCGUCUCGGCGACCGUCGGCACUCAUGACGGCCGGCAAUGGAGGAUCAAAACAGCCGAAAAAUGUGGAGUGAGGGGUGGUAACGAAAGCGCACCUAUGGGGGGCGAAGAGCUUUUCCCUCGAGAAAGUGGAGGGCGAAAGAGCAGAAAGAGAAACGUAGGCUAAGGGUUCUCUCUGGGUCGAGGUAGACGACACGCUAAACGGAUUCCACUUGGGAACUCUGUAAUGAAAUGCCACAGGAACAGGACGGCUGACUCCAGCAGGCUGCAGGUUCCAAGAAGCACCUUGCAGAUUGCCCGUUCUCUUGGCGAAUAGUCUGACUCGUGGUGCGACCAGUGAUCUGUGAGGAAUGAAACGGUAUGCGUUUCGAAUGUUACAAAAUGUAUUUUCCUUGCCGCGAGUGAGGCGUCAGGUGUGGGCGGAGCGUUUUGCGUAGCGUGAACAAUCUUGAACGCACUCCUGCCACAUACGUCCCCAGCGCUACAGAGAAUUGAGAGAGUUUCUAACCUUCCACGCUCUCUUUCCACGAACAGACAGCCCCUGAGUGCGUAACGCGAGUGACAUACUUGCCUCACUGUUUGCAGAUAC